CCCUGAGUGAUGGCAAACAACAACGUCUAUUGAUAUCCUUUUCCGAUAGACUUGUGUUUCUCUAAAGACAUACCUUUUAGUGUUGUUAAUCAUCACCGAAAACAAUGACUGCUAAACGCCGAAACAAUGGUCGCGCCAAACACGGUCGCGGACACGUUAAAGCCGUGCGCUGUACUAACUGUGCCCGUUGUGUGCCGAAAGACAAGGCCAUCAAGAAGUUUGUGGUCAGAAAUAUUGUUGAGGCCGCAGCCGUCAGAGAUAUUACCGAAGCGUCAGUCUAUGAAUCUUAUCCAUUGCCGAAACUGUACGCCAAACUCCACUACUGUGUCUCGUGCGCUAUUCACUCGAAGAUUGUCCGCAACAGAAGCAAAGAGGACCGCAAGAUUAGGACACCGCCGCCGCGUUUCCAAAAGCCCGGCCAACAGAAUAACGAUAAUCGGCAAAUGCAAAACCGAAACCAACAAAAGUAAAUAGUUUGCGGACAACAGUUAUAUAAAGAUCACCGAAACAUCAGAUUUUUUUUAGUUGUUUAUUGAGAAGUGAUUACUAAUUAAUAAAAAAAACAAUAAGAGACAAAUUAUUUGUUUUAUUUAUUU